CGAGUUUUCAUAAACAAAACCGCAUUUUUCUCCGGUCGGGGCCGCAGCGAUUCCCUCCCGUCGGCCUGACACCUUUUAACGGAUUCCGGCUCCCGAUUUUUAAAAACCCCAAAACCCGCGCAGGAAGCUGGAAGUCGGCGUUUCCGAUUCGAAGAAGCGACGCGGGUAAACGGGUCCCCGUGCGUGCCGCGCUUGUUGUCUUUGUCCCGAGUCGUCAGCUGGAACCGAGAGACCCACCUGCCAAUCCGCGCACUACCUGCUUUUUAACUAGAUGCUUUUCACCUGUCAGUCAUAUUGGUCCACUGCGUAGCCGGCGAGGAGCUUUUAUUUUUCUUCAGACAUGGUGAAGCAGACGAAGGCCAAGACGUUCCAGGCCUACCUGGACUCCUGCCACCGGCGCUACAGUUGUGUACACUGUCGCGCCCAUCUGGCAAACCACGAUGAUCUCAUCUCCAAGUCUUUCCAAGGAAGUCAAGGCCGAGCCUACCUCUUCAACUCUGUGGUGAACGUCGGCUGUGGCCCUGCGGAGGAGCGGCUGCUGCUCACCGGCCUUCACGCAGUGGCCGACAUUUACUGCGAAAACUGUCACACCACGCUGGGCUGGAAAUAUGAACAAGCCUUUGAGCUGAGUCAGAAGUACAAGGAGGGGAAGUUCAUCAUCGAGCUGUCCCACAUGAUAAAGGACAACGGCUGGGACUGAGAGGGAAAUCUUCGUCUUUCAUCAUGACUUUUUUUCAAAGGUUGCAUCCCCCUCGACAUAAAAAGGGUUCCAGUGUAGCUUCCUCAUCCCGCGUACGAGCCAUCGCUGUGUCACACUUCCACUUCGUGCGGCUUUCGCAAAGAAUAGCAUGUGAUGCCUUAUCUUUUUCUGCUAUUCAUGUUUUCCCAGCGACCUCAACAACACAUUUGCUGGUCUUGCUAUCCAGAUUGCUAGCUGUGCUGGGACAUGGACCGAAUGAGUGCAGGGUUUGUGUGUGUGUGUGUGUGUGCGCGUGUGUGUGAAAGGCUGGGAGACAUAGUCACACAGGCAGGAGCGCGUGUCGGAUUUUAAAGCGUGUGUUUGAGUGAUGAGCGCUUAACCGUCCUGCUGUGUGGGGACGAGGCCACUGCUAGUCAAAUAAUCUGACCGUACAAAUCAGAUGCAGGUAUUUGGGGUUUUCCUCGAGUUUAAGGUGAACACCUUUAGACAUCUGGCCCAAACUAAGUAAAGUGUACAGGCCUGUUUGACCCUUGGAUCACUUUUGAGUGAUGACGUUUUGUGGGAAUGCUUUAAAGCAGUAGGAGUUUCUUUUAUUUGAUUUUAUCGGUGACAUUCAUAUUUUUUAUGGUAAGAUCUGAAACCGUUGUUUAGAUUUGGCUAAAGGCAAUCGGGAUGCUGAAUUAGUGAUCUUAAAGCCCACAAAAGUCUCCUGCAGGAAUUCUUAAAUCUGUAUUUUAGUGUAAAUGUUAGUGUGUUGAAAUGUCUUUUAGCUGGAUGGUGUAGCGAAGCAGGGUUCACAUCUAGAGGGACAUCUCCACUUUUACUUAAUGCUGAUAAGAAUGAUCCUACAUGUGUUUGUGUGUAGCCUAACUCAGAGCUGCCCCUACCGAUCCAUUCACUCAACCGUGUUAGAGCAAAGUGUGGUGAGGAUUAUGUAGCAUAUUUAUGGUGAUUAUUUUUUAUGUCUGCUUCUUCCAUUCAAUGUGUAUUAUUUUAACCUAAUCUUUCAUUAAAAUACAGUGUGUCUGUAA